AUGGUCUAUACAGAUAAAUGUUCAGUUUUGAGAGAUAUUGAAUGGAGAGAUAACUGUCGAUUUUUAGUAAUCCACAAAGAUGAAACACCAUCUGAUUGGAAGACCCGAAUCUGGGAUCAGUUGACUAAUUAUAAGAAUAAUAAUCGUUUAACUGAUGAUAAAAAGCGAUAUCUUAUCAUCAGAAAAAUGAAAUAUUUAUGGAAAGAUGAUCUUAGCCAUGCUGUAGGCGUAAGUAUAGCAAUAUGUUAUUCGUGCAAUGAACUAGUUUACUCUAAAAUAGGACGUGAGUAUGAGUAUAGAUUUCAUCAUUUUAUGAAUGAGCAUUGGAGUACAAAUUGCACAGGAAAUGCUUAUUGUGAUAUUAGUUAUAAAGACUAUAUGGAACUUAAAAGCAAAUCCGAAGUUAGCAACUUCUACUUCGAAAAAGAAGCAAUUCAUCGUUAUGAAUUGUGGAUGCAAAAUGCUAUCAGAAGAGUUAAAC